AUGUGUGUUUCAUGUUAUUAUUUUUUCUAUUCGUUUAUAGCGUGUCUGGAGGAAGAUUGCAUUGAUUUUCAAGGUAAUUCUGUGAACCACGGCAUGUUGUAUGUACCGGGGCCAGGAGUUUGCAGUUUGUGUGUUUGCUAUCAUUCGGAGCCAUUGUGGUGCAAAGCGAUUUACUGUGAUCCGCCAUAUUUUUGCAAAAAUUUCCGUGUUGGAGAAAGGUGCUGUGAGUUUGAAUGUUUAGAUCCGCCCGGCGAAGAUAAUAAAUAUCAGGAACGCAUGCGCAAACGAGCUGAAAUCUUAGCUGGCAAUAGUACGGCCACAACAACUCUAUCACCAUUGGCCGUGUCGACAUUGAUUUUAACAUUUCUGGGAAAUUCAUUGCUAAACUUAUAACUUGAGCCA